AUGGAAGAGGGAAAUCACUCGGAGGCGACUGAGUUCAUUCUCUCAGGACUGACAGAUCGCCCGGAGCUGCAGGUCCCCCUGUUUGUGUUGUUCCUACUGAUUUAUGUUGUCACCCUGGUAGGUAAUGGGGGGAUGAUCUUAUUAAUCAUGAUUGAUCCCCGACUCCACACCCCCAUGUACUUUUUCCUCGGUAAUUUGUCUUUCUGUGAUUUCUGCUAUUCCACAGUAAUUUCCCCCAAGAUGCUGCUGGAUUUCUUAGCCGAGAGGAAAAGCAUUUCUCAUGCUGCCUGUGCUGUGCAAAUGUAUUUUGUCAUUUUUUUUCAAGAUAUUGAGUGUCUCUUGUUGGCUGUGAUGGCGUACGACCGUUAUGUGGCCAUUUCUAAACCCCUGCUCUAUAUGAUCACCAUGUCCCGGCAGCGCUGUAACCAGCUGGUGGCUGGAGUCUGUGCUGUGGGGCUGCUGGAUGCAAUGAUACUCAUGUAUUUUACAUUCCGGCUGUCAUUCUGCCAUUCCAUCAUCAUCAAUCAUUUCUGCUGUGACAUGCCCCCAUUGCUGGCGCUCUCCUGCUCUGACACCCGCAUAAGUGAGAUUGUGAUGUUUGCCUCCAUGUGCUACAUUGUAGUGAGCAGCGUUGUGACCGUCCUCCUCUCCUAUGUCUGUAUCUUCUUCACCAUCCUGCGGAUCCGCUCUGCCGACGGCCGGCGCAAAGCCUUCUCCACCUGCACUUGCCACUUGACGGCGGUGGUCAUGUUUCAUGGCACCCUCCUCUUUAUGUAUUUCCGACCCACCUCUAGCUAUUCUAUGGACACUGACAAAAUAGCCUCGGUGUUCUACACGCUGGUGAUCCCCUUGUUGAACCCCCUGAUCUACAGCCUCAGGAACACGGAGGUGAAGCGCGCCUUGAACAAUGUGAGGAAUAAACUCGUAACCCGUUUCUGA